GCGGGUGGGAAGCCGGGGCGGCGCUGGCGGGUUUCCCCGCGGCCGCGCAGCAGCGGCGGGGCGGGAGAGGUGGCCCCGCCCAGCGGCGGGACGGCGCGGCCGUGCUUCCCACAGAGCUCCGGGCCCGCCCCUGGAGGCGCGGGGCGCGGGGCGCCUCGCAGGGCCCUCCCCUCCGGCGGGGCCUCGCCACCGCCGCCCGCGCGGGGAGCCGGGCGGUGUCUUCUUGCCGAAGGGAGAUGAAACCCGAUAUCAGAACCGGGGAAGCCCUUACCCUUCCCGGUCCUCCAGCCAGCUCAUGUGUCUUAGAUCGGAUGAACCUACCAUUAAAAAGAUAGAUUGUCUUACAACUCAGUUCGUUUUAGGAUGACGGGUUACAUUUUAACUUGCAGGGUCCUUGACAAAGACCCAUCGUUGAGUGAAGCUCUAGUGCAGUGUGUUCAUGUCAAGAUUUUAUAAGCGACAUUUUCAAACAAUGUGAAGAUCCGUUUAAAGAAGAUUUAUUCUUCUGUGAUGGAGAAGUAUGAAAAAAUUGGGAAAAUUGGCGAAGGAUCCUAUGGAGUUGUUUUCAAAUGCAGAAACAGGGACACGGGUCAGAUUGUGGCUAUCAAGAGGUUUCUGGAAUCAGAGGAUGACCCUGUCAUAAAGAAAAUCGCCCUUCGAGAAAUCCGCAUGCUCAAGCAACUCAAGCAUCCCAACCUCGUCAACCUUAUCGAAGUCUUCAGGAGGAAGCGGAAGCUUCACCUGGUGUUUGAAUACUGUGACCACACGGUGCUCCACGAGCUGGACAAACACCAAAGAGGGGUACCAGAACAUCUUGUGAAGAGCAUAACUUGGCAGACAUUGCAAGCCGUAAAUUUCUGCCAUAAACACAAUUGCAUACACAGAGAUGUGAAGCCAGAAAACAUCCUUAUCACAAAACAUUCUGUGAUUAAGCUUUGUGACUUUGGAUUCGCUCGGCUUUUGACUGGACCGAGUGACUACUACACAGACUACGUGGCCACCAGGUGGUACCGCUCCCCAGAGCUGUUGGUGGGGGACAUGCAGUACGGCCCCCCAGUAGAUGUUUGGGCAAUUGGCUGUGUCUUUGCUGAGCUGCUGUCAGGAGUGCCUCUGUGGCCCGGAAAAUCAGAUGUGGAUCAGCUCUACCUGAUUAGGAAAACCUUGGGAGACCUCAUUCCUAGGCACCAUCAAGUAUUUAGCACAAAUCAGUACUUCAGUGGGGUAAAAAUUCCAGACCCUGAAGAUAUGGAACCACUUGAAUUAAAAUUUCCAAACAUCUCUUAUCCUGCCCUGGGGCUCUUAAAGGGCUGUCUCCACAUGAAUCCUGCCGAGAGACUGACAUGUGAGCAGCUGUUGCGGCAUCCAUAUUUUGACAGCAUCAGAGAAAUAGGGGAUUUGGCAAAAGAGCAUGAGAAAUCAACAAGGAAGACCCUAAGACAGAGCCAAAAGCACCUGCCGCGGGUAAAAGUGGGGCACUGCUUUACAGAAGCAUCCAAGGUUGCAAUUUCAAAUAAGCUCAUACCUGCCACCUGGUGUGGAGAGUCUGAAUCUAUACUUGAGGUGGCAAUUGUGGCUGGCAGCUCCAGCACCUUUAUUCCUGCAUGAGGACACACAGGUCACAAGAUCUACCAACCAGGGUCCCAAAGACAUCUGCCUGCUAAGGGCCCUUCUCCCAGAAUCCUAAAGGUGACCUUGCCCAGCAGCUUCCUGCUGCCAGCCAGGGGCCAGGGCUUUUGGUGUGCGUGAGCACAGGUCCCAGCCAGGGAAAAGAAGCAUGCUUCUUAUGCUUUGGAAAAUGAAAUCAAAUUUAUCCCGGUUAGCUCUCUGUCAUCGUGUUUACCUUCAGUAUUGAUUGACAUUCCAGGUUUAUCUAAAAAAGGAACUGUUUUCCUCCCUGAUCCAUUAAUCAUCAGAGUUGGCUAGUGUACAUGUGGUGAUGAGUGCUUUCAGUGAGAGCAGCAGAACAGUGCAUUUAAUCAGAUCACAGCAUCCAAGCUGCACACUGGGAACCUGUGGAGAAUUGUGAUUGGUGUAAAGUGGCAGAAUGGCCUUACAUUAAGUGUCUUGUCAUAAGCCAAAAGCCGUAAUAAUUUAGGAUGGACUGUAGUUGGAACCACAGUUAAGAUGAGCUGGCUGCUCCUGGUUGCUUCUGGAUCUGCUCAGGUACCCCUUAAGCUAUAAGUUAUCUUGUCUUAGUCCUUCCCUUUGCAGCCUCCUCUGCCCAGUAUGCUGAGUGGCACCUGGGUGGUGUUUGUGAGGUUUGGAGGAGAGAAGAGGGUGGACAGUCCAUUAUGAACAGGUACAGCAUGAAACGCAGGGCCCUAAGAGACCAGAGUUACGAAAUUAAGAAUGCUUUUAAUGCAAAACAGACUGGAAAUAGACUUUCCCCUCAGAGUUACCCCUUAUCUUGCUGUUUCUUUAUUUCAAGAAUCUUAGAACCCUUGACUUACAAGGAAUUUUAGAAAACCUCAUCCCUUCUUUUAAAGAAACUGGAAUUGAAACUUUAAAAAGUGGGACUUCCCUGGUGGCGCAGCGGUUAAGAAUCUGCCUGCCAAUGCAGGGGACAUGGGUUAGAGCGCUGGUCCGGGAAGAUCCCACAUGCCGCGGAGCAACUAAGCCCGUGCGCCGCAACUACUGAGCCUGCACUCUAGAGCCCGUGAGCCACAACUACUGAGCCCGUGUGCCACAACUACUGAAGCCCACACACCUAGAGCCCAUGCUCUGCGACAAGAGAAGCCGCCGCAAUGAGAAGCCCGUGCACCACAACGAAGAGUGGCCCCCACUCGCUGCAACUAGAGAAAGCCUGUGCGAAGCAACAGACCCGACACAGCCAAAAAUUAAAACAAAAAACAAAAACUUAAAGUGGAUUGUCAAUGGCAGAAAGUGAGACUUGUAGCAGAGUUGUGACUAGAACCUCAGGAUGAGCCACCUGCCCGUAAAUGCUACUGAAAUAGGCACCAAUUUAAAAAAAAAAAAGAGGCUCUUGAUGGAAGUAUUUUUACUUGAAAGACUAGGGGAACCCAACUAAUUUGUGUGUUGCUUGUAGGUCCCAACUGUUUGAUUUAAAAGUACUUGUUUUUCAGAUACCUAAGGCCAUAUAGUACUGUAUGUGCUCCCUUACUUUCAUUUGACAUUGACGAUAAAUUCAAACAUUUUCUGGCAGCGUGAAAGGAGCAGUUUUGCCUUUUUAACUAAGGUAGUAGGUGGGCAAAUCACCUAAGUGCUCCAGACAUCAGUUUUCUUCACUACAAGACAAGAUUUUGGCUUAAAUGAUCCCUAAGGUCCCAGCAAGCUCUUAACCCCCAUGAAUCUAUGCUUUUUUCCAGUAAUGUUAACAUGUAGAUUUUUCCCUUCUUUUUCAUAUUCUCUAAAUUUCCUUUAAUGUGCAUGUUUUGCUUUAUAAUAUAAAAUAAAUAUUGAAAAGAAAAAGCAGAGACCAAAUUUAUGGGAGGGGGUGAGCUCCAAAUCCUUCAAUUCCGCCCCUGAGCAGAGACCAAAUUUAAACAUUUUGUCCUUUCUCAGAUCCUGGAUUCUGUGCAGAAAAAAGUAUUUCUGUGCUGGAAAAGUUGUUUGUUUACCUCUUUUCGAUGUGUUAUCAAUAAUGAAA